AUGGUCUCACUAUUUGGGGCUUUGUGCUUCUGCUCUAUUUUUUGUUUUUGCAAGUCAUGGUUGUUGGCUCAGUGCGGCUUAAAUGAAACGUAUCGCAUUUUGCAUUUGUCAACCCACUUUGAUCGUGUUUUUCUUAGCAUAUCGGUGAAAAAUGAGAAAUUUCCAACCCUUGUUGAAACACAAUGGCCUGACAAAUAUCUGCCAUCUCUGAAGCCCAUUCUGUACCCGAAUCAGCAGGCUCAUGCCAACGGUGUUCAUUCAGAGUGUGGACGAAUACAACAGGCAGUAUGGUCACAGGUGGAUUCUUUAUCUCGUCUGUGGGUAAUGGAUAUUGGUUGGCCUGGAAAUAGUAGCACUGAUAGGCAUAGAUGCAAUCCAAAACUGUUGGUUUUCGAUUUGAUUCGUAACAAUAUUGAGGUUUCGCGUAUAGACUGCAGUCAAUUUUUGAGAACAGACGUUGACAGUUCCAAAAUACUGGACAUAGGUCUGGGUCCUCGCGUUUCACCAUGUGACAGUGAAAAGUUUAUUUACUUCAUUGUUUCCUAUGAUUCUCGCCUACUGACUUACGACAUUCUGGAGCAAAAAUGGCACAAUGUUCUACUCUCAAGCAAGAAGUACUCAACGAUAAAUGAUUUUUUACCAAUCAAACCGCGAGACUUAACAUUCGGUAAUCGUGGUGAAAUGUGGCUAUCAGACGAGGAUGGAAAGUUGUAUAGGGGGCCAAAUAUAUUUCACAAUUCUACACAGGCAAAUUGUGACGCUAUAGAAAUGAUUUUAAUGGGCUCUUUAUUGGGACCCACUCGUGGCCUAAUGAUGGACUCUAAUGGGGUGUUGUUUUAUGUAGUUUCGAAAUUUGGGGCUGUUGUUCGUUGCGAACACACACAUGACAUCACCGCCGAAAACAGUGAAAUCAUUUACAUGACGUCCAAAAAUAUCCAACAGAUUUUCUUCGGCAGCGAGGACUCUGUAUGGCUAUUGUCUGAUCGGUGGCUGCGUCCCCAUGAUCAAUGCAUAUCGGGUUAUUCAAUGAUACCAACAUAA